AUGAAUGAGCAGCGACUGAGGAUAAUGAAAUAUCAGGUCCUCGUGUUGUUGGUCGUUGUGGCCGCCACACUGGCCUACCCUCAGUAUCCUCCAGCUCCUAGUUAUGGCAGCCCCGGUCCUGUUGCUCACCCCAAGUACGACUUCAACUACUCCGUGAAGGACAACAAUGGCAACGACUUUGGUCAUCAAGAAACUCGUGAUGGCUACAACACUCAGGGCAAUUACUACGUCCAGCUUCCCGACGGUCGUCUUGAGAAAGUGAAUUAUUACGUCAACGGUGACUCCGGCUACGUAGCUCAGGUUGACUACCAGGGCGAGGCCCAGUAUCCAGCCUACCAGCCAGCCCCAUCCUACAAGCCAGCCCCAUCCUACCAGCCAGCUCCCGUCUAUGGAUAAUUUCGAGAAUAAAGCUAACUUCAUGUAUAAAGC